GGCUUCUGGCUUCCGCGGCCAAUGCUCUCCUCCUGUUCCUUGGAUAACAAUUAUUUCCGUUUGGAAUAAGAUUCUCUUCUCUAUUAACUUAUUCCAUUCAAUGGUGUCAGCAGCCCUGGAAAGCCCAGUUUCGGGCCGAAGGCUCUCAUCCGUGGUGCCUGCCGAAGUAACAGGCGACAACAAGGACUUUGAGCUCUCGAACAUGGACUUGGCGAUGAAGUUACAUUACAUCAAGGGUGUUUAUCUCUUCCAAAGCGAAGCAGUCCGGGGGGUGUCGGCCAAGGACUUGAAAGAACCAAUGUUUCGAUGGCUGGAAUUCUACUUCACUGCCUCGGGGAGGAUUCGGAGAUCCUCCGGAACAGGCAGGCCGUUUAUUAAAUGCAACGAUGCUGGCGUCCGAAUUGUUGAAGCUCACUGUGAUGGCAAGACUAUUGAUGAAUGGCUGGCAACCAAUGACCAUUCUCUUGAUCAUUUGCUUGCACAUGAUCAAGUCCUUGGUCCUGAUCUGGGAUUCUCCCCUUUGGUUGUUCUGCAGUUCACCUGGUUCAAGUGUGGGGGCAUAUCCAUAGGGCUAAGCUGGGCUCAUGUAUUAGGAGAUGCAUUUUCAGCUUCAGCCUUCAUCAAUUUGUGGGGACAGAUCAUGGCUGGACAAGUUCCACCAAAGUCUCUCCAGGUCCACAAUCCUGAGAAGUCAGAACUCCCAACUUCUGUUUCCAGAAAACCUCUUUCCUUGAAGAAGGUUGACCCUGUUGGUGACUGCUGGCUAACUGCCAAUAGCCACAACAAGCAAACUUACUCUUUUCAUGUCACUGCGAAACAACUGCACCACAUGGUUUCAAGUACUCGUGAUCCAAGCCAAACAUAUAAUAUCUCUCAUUUCGAAAUCCUUUCUGCUAUGAUAUGGCAUUCAUUAUCGAAAAUCAGAGGAGAUAUGGGGCCAAGGAUUGUUACAAUUUGUUCGAAUAAUUCCCUCAUUAGAGAAAAUGAAAUGCCAAGUAACGGUAUGAUAUUUAGCACAGUGGAAGCAGAUUUCUCUGUCUCCAAGGGCGAAGUAACUGAACUGGCGAAGUUGAUUGCUGAAAAGAGGAUGCCUGAAAAUGGUCUGAUUGAAGAAUUAUUAAGAGAUGAAGCAAGAUCAGAUUUUAUAGUAUAUGGAGCAAAUUUGACAUUUGUAGACUUGGAAGAAGCAAAUCUUUACGGACUAGAACUCAAGGGGAAGAGACCAAUGUUUGUAAAUUAUACAAUCAAUGGAGUUGGUGAUGAGGGAACUGUUCUGAUUCUCCCCGGCCCAGAAAAAGAAGGUGGCAGCGGGAAGAUCGUGACCAUGACCCUACCCGAAGAUCAACUGGCAAAGCUGAAGAAUAUACUUGGAAAUGACUGGAAUAUUGCUUAAGCCAACUUAAAAUUUCAGAUUUGGUUUGAAGAAAGUGUUAACUUUUGGGUUAUAAUAAUGGGAGAUGCAUGGGUCUGUCUGGUAGAACUAAGAUAUUUCUGGUAUGUUUGUAAGCAAAUAAAUUGAUGUUGCCACUUCGAUAAAUUAUGAAUAAUCAAAUCAGUCACCAAUCACCAUUGGCUUUAGAAAGCCAGGAAUUGUGAGUUCAAUA